GAGUCCUGGUCCCCGUCCCGUGGGCACAGUCAGCCUUCCACUCCUUCUAGCCCAGACGUCGGCCGAAAGCCCCCAUUUUCAGGCGUCAGGGACGUCGCUCCCCGUGUGUGCCGGGCGGGGACCCAUGCCGGGAGGUCUGGCUAUGCGGGCUGAAGCACUGUCCCCAGUACCCUCAGCCCGGGCUGUCCUCGCUGGCUCAGCGAGCAGCUAGGUGCCGCGAACAAGCCGGUGUCGGUCUCCGAGCCAUUUGCCCUCCCACAUGGUGACUGGCGGGUUCGAUCUUUGGGUGCCUUUCAGCUGGGAUGACUGCCGAGUUAGCUCCUGACUGUGUCCCCGGAAGCCAAAAGUAAACGGCUGUCCUCCACGCCCCUGGAAAUCCUGUUCUUCCUGAACGGCUGGUAUUAUGCUACCUACUUCUUGCUGGAACUCUUCAUAUUCCUGUAUAAAGGUCUGCUGCUGCCCUACCCAGUGGCCAACCUGGUACUGGAUGUGGUGAUGCUCCUGCUGUAUCUUGGAAUUGAAGUAAUCAGACUGUUCUUUGGUACAAAAGGAAACCUCUGUCAGCGGAAGAUGCCACUUGGCAUCAGUGUGGCCCUGACCUUCCCAUCUGCCAUGAUGGCCACCUAUUACCUGUUGCUGCAGACCUACGUGCUCCGCCUGGAGGCCAUCAUGAACGGCAUCCUGCUCUUCUUCUGUGGCUCAGAGCUGCUGCUGGAGGUGCUCACCCUAGCUGCUUUCUCCAGUGUGGACAAGAUUUAAAGCGCAAAAAUUUCAGCCCACAGCCCAUCAGGCCAACACACACUGCAGCACUUUAGCCCCAGCCCUGAGAUGCACUGCAUCAUGUUGGCCUGGGAAAGGUCACGCAGGUUUUCAUCAGCACGGACACCUGGGAACCCAGCCCAGUGAGGCCAGUGUACACCAUCUUCUAGACCAGGACCAUCAGCUGGUAGGCUCUUCUACUCCACUAGAGGGGCAGGCUAGCCCCACUCUGGCCUUUGUCCAACAAUUCCUAGCAGACCUCAAGUCCUCUUUGAUCGCCAUAGCCAGAACAUCUUUUGUGGAUCAUCAAGGCUCCCGUACGUGCCAUGCCACACCUGGGAGUCCUGCACAUACCCAGAGAGCAUCAGGGUGGUGUGGGGGAUGUGACAGACCCCUCACCAUUCCUCCAGGAGGCUGACCUCCGGGACAUUUGUAGUAGUGCAUAGUGUUAUUUUUCUACUUUGAUCAUGAAGCAAACUUUUAUAAUAAAUACGUAUUUUCCAUU